CAAUCAUCCCCAUCACCAUCAUCGCCAUCAUCAUCAUUGGCCAUCAAUAUGAAUGCCGUCUCCUCUUCCCCUCCUCGUUUUUUGCUAGCCACCUCUGAGCACUAUUCCAAUUACUUGCAACCGGGCAAUGAGCGGAGUGGCAUCAUGCAGCCACUGUCGACUGUUUUGAUGCUCUCCCUGACUGCCUCAUUAGCCACUGCUACCUCUCACCUAGCUCACCACUCAACUGCCUCAUCCGCCUUUGCCCACAAUGGCAGCGGCAGCAGUGAGGGCAGUAGUCGCGACAGCAAAGUUACCAGCAGCCUCGAAAAGAUGCAAUCCGACGAGGGCACCAUUUUCGCCUUCACUGAGUCAGCAGUCAGCAACAGCACGGAGGUUACAAUGCUCACCGAUCACUUACUUUUUCCAACCGCCUCAACUGAGUGUCAGGAAAGCUCCUUUGAGAGUAUGAUCAACUUCACGCAGUACAACUUUCCAGGCACUGGCCGAACAAAAGUUUUUGGCACGGAUGAGUACUUCAAAAUUGCCCUUUACGUCUUUGUCAUGGUCGCCUCACUGUUUGGCAACCUGGCCGUCGUAGUGGCGGUGGCUGUGAAGCGAACCCUUCGUGUGACAGUCAACUUGUAUCUGGCUAAUCUGGCAGUGGCCGAUCUAGGCAUUUGCAUCUGCUGUAUGUGGGUACACCUGGUCAAUCAUCUAUAUUCGCCCGUCUACGUACUUGGGCCGCUGCUCUGUCGAUUCAAUGGAUUUGCUCAAAACUCUACAGUAGUUUCUAGUAACAUAUUGCAAAAGAAAGCGCAAAACUAA